UGACUUGGGUUUAUGUCUUUACUCUAGUUUGGUUAUCUUGAUUUAAUAUGUCUAAAAAUGUUGGGCUUACAAACGGGGGUCUGUAAAUUUCAAGAUUUGUUACUUGGGAUUUGCAGGAAAAUGAACGUGUGUGUGUUUGUGUGUCUUUAAUUAUUGAUGGGACUCUACUCCACCUAGCUUUAGCUGCUUUCUUUUACACACCACCAUCUGCUUCUUGUGAUAUUUCCUUCUUUUUUAGCAUGCUUGCCCUCUCAGUUUCUUCCAAAUUCUUGAUUUUGCCCUUCACUUUUCUUAUCAUGGCUAUCCAUUUCUAACUUCGCAAGGUCAAAGUCAAACUCAGUUGAACCUGAUUAGUGUGUGAUGCAUUUUUAUUAUAUAAUAAUGAAAGAAGUGCUUGAAAGUGUCAGUGGAAGAUGCUGUGUGAUCAACUUCUCCAACAGACUCCAUUAUUCAUGAUGAAACUAAUAAAAAUUUAUCUUUUUUAGAUGUUUAAAAACGUGGUCAGUAGAGUAAUGUUGCUUAUGUGGAUUAAUAAAGAUGAGACUGAUUGCAAUGAUGACACCAUGAAAUUUGGAGUAAAGAAGGGAUGGAAGUCAGUAGUACCUCUCCGCUUGCAAGGGAAAUCAAAUCUACAUUUUUGUUUGUUCCCCAAGGUGAAAUCUAAUUAUGGUUCGGGCAGUACACCAGUGUAUCUCAAUGUAUAUGACUUGACACCCCUGAAUGGUUAUGCCUAUUGGGCGGGAUUUGGUAUUUUUCACUCCGGCGUUGAAGUUCAUGGCGUAGAGUAUGCUUUUGGAGCACAUGACUAUCCAACUAGUGGUGUAUUUGAAGUUGAGCCUCGUCAAUGCCCAGGCUUCAAAUUUAGAAAGACCAUAUUCAUUGGGACUACAUGUUUGGACCCUGUACAGGUUAGGGAAUUCAUUGAGCAUCAUGCAGCAAGCUACAAUGGUGAUUCAUAUCAUUUAAUUGUCAAGAACUGCAACCAUUUUUGCAAGGACAUCUGCUACAAAUUGACUGGGAAGGACAUCCCUAAAUGGGUGAAUCGACUUGCAAAACUAGGUUCAGUGUUCAAUUUCAUGUUACCAGAGGCCCUUAGAAUAACAGCGGUUGAACAUGACCCCAAUUGCCAACCAUUUGAAAACGAAAAGAGAAGGCUGAGAAGUGGUUUUAGUUGCCUCUCUUCCAUCUCAAUGAGGCAGAAACAGUUGUCGACAUCUUCAUUGUUCUUACAGUCACCGUUGAAAGGCUGUUUACCACAGCGGGAAGUAAGACAGUCCAACAAUGCUUCACCAAACGAAAGGUAAGACUUAUACAAGGGUGAACAAGUUCAAUUCAUCUUCACAACGGAGAAUUAAUAUUUAUGAGCUUGCAUUGAAAGGUUGGCAGAAUCAUUAGCCCCCUCCUUUAGGAGUCGUAUUCAUUCUUGUCUGGGAAUUUUCCUUGUUAAAUAUGGUUUCUUGCCCUGUAAAAUGCUCCCCCUCAAUCUAUUAUUGAGACUAAAUGAUGCACAAAGUGUAUAUGAGUUGGCUAUAAUUUACUCUCUACUAGUUGUAGCGUGGCUCUUAUCAACUUACUAACAAGCCAGUUGUUGGGCUCUUAUAAUCCAUUAUGUUUCUAAA